AUGGGGAAACAGCGGAUAGAUUCCACUUUGGCAUCCACAGGGACGCACCUGACCUUGGCCAACUAUCUUAUCCAGCACGAGACCAUCCGCAUCCUCACCAAUAGCCGAGAGCACCGGAACAGCGACUGCAGAGGGAACAGAAGCUUCUGCCUCCGGACACGGAGCUUCCGGAACCUGGCCAUGCACAUGAUAGGACUUCAUGUUGAGGUGGCAUACGCGAGUCUGACGCUUUGGACUUCUGUCUCCAGACCAGAGAGGUUCCAGGUUCUUGGUCCAGCUGACCCUGUCGUUGCUGAUGUUGCUGAAGAUGUUGUUCUGCCCUGUUACCUCAAACCCAACAUCAAUGCUGAGGACAUGCAUGUGGAGUGGUUCAGACCUGACUCCACAGACACAGUAGUGCAUCGUUACCGGGAGCGAGAAAUUAGAAAUGCGGAUCAGAUCCCAUCGUACAGAGGAAGGACAGCACUCUUCCCAGAGGAGCUGAAGAAAGGCAACGCUUCAUUAAGACUGGCAGGAGUACGAGCCUCUGAUGAAGGACAGUUUAAAUGUUUCAUUCAGUCUCUGCAGUGGUAUGACGAUGCUUCUGUUAAAGUGGAAGUAAGAGUCUGUGUCUCUGUAGGAACUGAGCCACUGAUCUCCAUGGAGGGACACAGAGAAUGGGGGAUCGGCCUGCUGUGUGAAUCUAAAGGCUGGGAUCUUCAGCCUGAACUCAUCUGGCUGGACAGUGAGGGACACAGUCUCCCUGCUGGACCUACAGAGACACACAGAGACAGUAUGGAUCUCCUAAUCGUGAGACGACGCAUCAUCAUCAUACAGGACAGAGACACCAACAGGGUCACCUGUCGAGUUCAACUGCAGCAACGCAGCCUGGAGAAGGAGACAGAGUUUCACAUCACAGCUGAGAUGUUCCCUCUUGCUCCCAGGAAGGAGGCCUUAGCUGUGCUUUUUCCUCUGGCUGCUCUUGCUGUCAUUGGAUCUGUUAUUUAUUACCGCUUCAGAAAACUGCGCAGAGAGCAGCGCAGAAAGGAAGAGGAGCUUGGCCAACUAAUGCAGCGGGUUUCCCAAAACCCAGAUGAGCUCUCUCCACUAAUGAAUGAAUCCAUUAUAGGAGUCCAACAGAAACUGAAAAAUGACCUGAAGAAGAAGUUUGAAUGCACAUCUGAAGAUGUAGCAAAUCAGGGCCACCCAGCCCUCCUCAAUGAGAUGGAUACAGAGCUCUACAUCACAGAGGGGGGAAGUGGGGGGUUGGCAUCCCAGAGACAAACCACACAGGAGACUGCAGUCCUCUGCAAGGACAUCUUUAAACCUUUACCUGGCCAAAGCAAAGCUAUUAGAACUGUGCUGACAAAUGGGAUCUCCGGCAUUGGAAAAAGUGUCUCCGUGCAGAAGUUCAUUCUCAACUGGGCAGAAGGAAAAGCCAAUCAGGACAUUAGUUUUAUCUUCCCUCUUCCUAUUCGAGAUCUGAAUUUGAAAAAGGGGAGAAAAUUCAGUCUGAUGCAACUUCUCCAGCACUACUUUCCAGAACUGAAAGAGAUUCAAAGUGUUGAACGUGAUGAAGUCAAAGUUUUGUUCAUCUUUGAUGGUCUGGAUGAGUGUCGCCUUCCUCUAGAUUUCCAGAAUAGUGAGAACUUGGGUGAUGUAACAAAAUCAACAUCAGUGGAUGUCUUGCUGGUAAACCUCAUUAAGGGAAGUUUGCUUCCGUCUGCUCUCCUCUGGGUCACCUCCCAACCAGCAGCAGCCAGUCAGAUCCCUCCUGUGUGUGUCCACCGGGUGACAGAGUUACGAGGAUUCAAUGACUCACAGAAGGAGGAGUACUUCAGGAAGAGAAUCAGUGAUCAGAACCUGGCCAGCAGCAUUAUCUCACACAUGAAGUCAUCCAGGAGUCUCUACGUCAUGUGUCACAUUCCAGUCUUCUGCUGGAUUUCUGCUACUGUGCUGGAGAAACUGAUGGGUGGAGCUGACAAUGGAGAAAUCCCCAAAACUGUGACUGGAAUGUACACACACUUCCUGCUCAUUCUGACCAAUGUGAAGAAUCUGAAGUAUCAUGGCACCAAUGAGUCAAAUCCAAAGGAGAUGUCAAUAUCAGACUCAGAAAUCAUCCUUAAACUGGCACGGAUGGCUUUUCUGCAGCUGGAAAAGGGAAAUCUGACAUUCUAUAAAACAGACCUGAGAGAAUGUGGCAUUGAUGUCAGCAAAGCAUCAGCCUACUCUGGCGUGUGCACAGAAAUCUUUAAAGAGGAGUCAGGGUUGCAUCAGGAGAAAGUCUACUGCUUUGUGCAUCUGAGCAUUCAGGAGUAUCUGGCUGCCUUGUUUGUGUUUCAUUCAUGCGUAAAUGAGAAGAGAAAUGUACUCAAAUCUGUCAAAUCAAAACCUCAAGUGGAUCAGGCAUUACAGAGCAAGAACGGACAUCUAGACCUUUUUCUCCGAUUCCUUCUUGGCCUCUCAUUGGACUCCAAUCAGAGCCUUCUGCAAGGCCUUCUGACACAGACAGGAAGCAGAUCACAGAGCAUCGAGGAAACAGUAAAGCACAUUAAGGAGAAGAUCAGAGAGGAAUCUUCAGUAGAGAGGAGCAUCAAUCUGUUCCACUGUCUGACUGAACUGAAUGACAACUCUCUAGUGGAGCAAAUCCAGAUUUCCCUGAAAUCAGGAAAACUUUCUGAUAAAAAGCUGGAACCACACCAAUGUUCAGCUCUGGCCUUUGUGUUGCUGAUGUCACAGGAGGUCCUGGAUGUGUUUGACUUGAAGACAUACAAAACAUCAGCAGCAGGCCAUCGGAGACUGUUACCAGUAGUCAAGAACUGCAGGAAGGCCAUACUGGACAGCUGUAACCUGACAAAGACGUCAUGUGACACUGUGGCCUCCGCUCUCCAGUCAGUCCCCUCACACCUGAUAGAGUUAGACCUGAGCUACAAUAAGCUGGGAGAUUCAGGAGUGAAGCGGCUCUGUGCUGGACUGAAGAAUCCAAACUGUAAACUACAGAGACUGAGACUGGACAGCUGUAACCUGACAGAGACGUCAUGUGACACUGUGGCCUCCGCUCUCCAGUCAGUCCCCUCACACCUGAUAGAGUUAGACCUGAGCUACAAUGAGCUGGGAGAUUCAGGAGUGAAGCGGCUCUGUGCUGGACUGAAGAAUCCAAACUGUAAACUACAGAGACUGAGACUGGACAGCUGUAACCUGACAGAGACGUCAUGUGACACUGUGGCCUCCGCUCUCCAGUCAGUCCCCUCACACCUGAUAGAGUUAGACCUGAGCUACAAUAAGCUGGGAGAUUCAGGAGUGAAGCGACUCUGUGCUGGACUGAAGAGUCCAAACUGUAAACUACAGAGACUGAGACUGGACAGCUGUAACCUGACAGAGACGUCAUGUGACACUGUGGUCUCCACUCUCCAAUCGGUCCCCUCACACCUGAUAGAGUUAGACCUGAGCUACAAUAAGCUGGGAGAUUCAGGAGUGAAGCGGCUCUGUGCUGGACUGAAGAGUCCAAACUGUAAACUACAGAGACUGAGACUGGACAGCUGUAACCUGACAGAGACGUCAUGUGACACUGUGGCCUCCGCUCUCCAGUCAGUCCCCUCACACCUGAUAGAAUUAGACCUGAGCUACAAUAAGCUGGGAGAUUCAGGAGUGGAGCGGCUCUGUGCUGGACUGAAGAGUCCAAAGUGUAAACUACAGAGACUGAGACUGGACAGCUGUAACCUGACAGAGACGUCAUGUGACACUGUGGCCUCCGCUCUCCAGUCAGUCCCCUCACACCUGAUAGAGUUAGACCUGAGCUAUAAUAAGAUGGGAGAUUCAGGAGUGGAGCGGCUCUGUGCUGGACUGAAGAGUCCAAACUGUAAACUACAGAGACUGAGUUUCAGAGAGAGUAAUCUCACUGACAGCUGCUGUGAUGAUUUGGCCUCAGUCCUGCGUUCAUCCCACUCAGAGCUGAGAGAUCUGGAGCUCAGGGAUAAUGAUCUGCAGGAUUCAGGAGUGAGAGCGCUCUCUGCUGGACUGGGGGACCCACACUGUAAACUGCAGAGACUAGGGCUGUCAGGCUGUCGAAUCACAGAGACAGGCUGUGCUUGUGUGGCUUCAGCUCUGCGUUCAAACCCCUCACACCUGAGAGAGCUGGAUCUGAGCUACAAUCACCCAGGGGACUCGGGAGUGAGAGCGCUCUCUGCUGGACUGGAGGACCCCAGCUGUAAACUGGAGACACUGCUAGUGGACCAUGGAGGAGAGAACAGGAACAAACCAGGACUGCGUAAAUAUGCCUGUCAGCUCACACUGGACCCCAACACAGCACACAGAUCCCUGUCUCUGUCUGAGGGGGACAGGAAGGUGACAAACACGUGGAAGCAGCAGCAGCAGCAGCAGCAGCAGCCAUAUCCUGAUCACCCAGACAGAUUUGACUGCUGGUACCAGCUGCUGUGCAGAGAGGGUCUGUGUGGGACUCGCUGUUACUGGGAGGCUGAGUGCAGUGGCAGAGGGGAGGUUUAUAUAGCAGUGACAUAUAAAGGAAUCAGCAGGAAAGGACGGGGUGCUGACUGUAUGUUUGGAUGUAAUAUAAACUCCUGGAGUCUGUACUACUCUAAUGGCCGUUACUCUUUCAGGCACAAUAAGAAGCGCACAGACAUACCCCCUCCCCCCUCCCGCUCCCGCAGAGUAGGAGUGUAUCUGGACUGGCCGGCUGGCACUCUGUCCUUGUACAGCGUCUCCUCUGACACACUGACCCUCCUGCACAGAGUCCACAGCACCUUCACUCAGCCCCUCUAUCCUGGGUUUGGGAUUUAUAAUGCUGACUUUGGGGUUUAUAAUCGUGUCUUUGGGUUUUUUUCUUUUUACACCUCAGUGUCCCUGUGCCAGCUGGAGUAG